AUGCAGCGUGUCCUGUGUCUUCUGCCUGUUUUCGACCGAGACAGAAGAGUAAACAGGUGACUAUCCCUACAGUAGUACCACGUCUUGUCAGGGUCCACAAUCGGGUACCAUUGACCAACCUACGUGUUACUGUCUUGUACACAAAGUAUCGAGACAGAGAGCGGAAUCAAUUCGAGAGUCAAAUUCACACACCGUCACAUCAACCUCUUCCACUCUUGUUCUGGCCUUUCCAAAAAAGAAAAAUGGCACCGUCCCAGAUACAAGUCGCCAUCUCUUCUCUCCAACGACUCCUCAACGAAGAAAACUCAUACUACAAAGAACAAGAGCAACAGGAAAGCCGAAUCGCGAAAUUGGAAAAGGACAAGACCGAUGCAGAUGGAAACCGUGAAUUUACCCUGAGGCAGGAGCGUCAAGCCUUGGAAGAAACCAAAAAGGUCAUCCCGACUCUACGUGAGCGUAUCACUAGCGCCAGGGAGAAGUUGGAAAAUAUGCUCGUAAGGAAAACAAUCUCUCCCGUAUCCAAUCGUUUAUUCUUUCCUUUGCCCCUCCCGACCUCUUGACGCGACCCGCGACAGGCACCACCGCAUGCUGAUAUGAUAAUUCAUGUUAUCAGGACACAGCGGGGAAUGACGAGGAACGUGAAACUGCGGUUCAGGUACUCAAGGCGGCCAAGGAACAGCAAAAGGAUGAUCCUGUCGCCGGUGUGUCGACAUAGGCGCCGUCUCGUGUCGGCCAUGGUGGACCCAAAAAAGAGAAGAAGGCCGUCGGUUUACACGGUGCGGACCAAGGUGCCUAAGGAUUGAGUAUUCCUCACUUGUACACUACGUCUCGACAAAACAUGAGAGCCACCAAAAGAACUCGAUGAGAAAAAUGAAAUAUGAAGCCUUUAUGUUGAGAUAUCAGAAACCAACCUUUUUAUCAUCAAGUAUAGUUUGAGACGAGACCAGCUCUUUCAAUCGUGGACCUUGAUUCAACCAAAAUA